UGGAAUAAAAACGCAUUCACGAGGGAGACACCAGAUUCCCACAACGACAGAGCUACACUGAUAUCUGAGCGCGAGCGUUUUUUAUAAGGGUUGAUCCUGGUUACAUUCUUUUCUAUCAUAUAACGUACACUCAGUCCGCAUAGAUAUGCCAUUACCCCACAAACGACCCACGCGCUUCAAAGUCGUACAGCGAUUUGGCACGGCAGGAGGAGGCAUGAAUAAAGGUAUAUACAUCGUAAAGGAUGAGACAACGGAGAAGAAGGCCGUCGAGAAAACCUUCACGAAGCAUGAUAUUAACACUGGCAAUGCCAAGCGCGAGCUCCAAUAUCUCCGCCAGUUGUCCGGCCAUCCAAACAUCACCCGCUUCGUAGACGGAUACUAUGAUCCCAGGAGAGGUGGCGCCGGCGUCUUCAUGAACUAUUGCGAGCUGGGACCGCUCGAUCAGUUGAUAAUACGACAGUGCAAAGCGGGAAUGAGGCCAAUUGGGGAGCACUAUCUUUGGACGUGGUUCAUCCAGCUUGCCGGUGCGCUGUCAUAUUGCUACAACGGGCCGAGUGGAGAUCCGAGAGCCAGAGCCGAGUGGAACUUCAUUAUACAUAGGGACGUCAAGCCUGCCAACGUUCUUUUGACGCGCCCGACAGAAGGCCCUCACAGGGGAAUGGUGAUAGUCAACCUCGCCGAUUUCGGGUGUGCCGUUUCCAAGAGGGAAUAUCAAAACGGUAGGGCGAAUCCGGCGAGGCAGUCGAAGUAUACCGAUCUCUACCGGCCACCCGAGAGCCCGUACUAUAACCAGACGAGUGAUGUGUGGCAGGUAGGUGUUACGAUGAUUUCGUUGUGCCAUUUGAAGCUCCAGUGGCACCAGGCGUAUAAUUGGCGUUUCCAUCCUGCUCCAGGCUACUCGCCACAGUUGAACGAGAUGAUCCUACGGUGUAUGGACGACAAUUACCGUACCAGGAUUACGGCAAGUGUGCUGAAGCACGCCUUGGAGAGGUCAUACGGUAAGAUUAGGAACUUCUUACCACCUUCUCCAGAUCUGAUUUUACCAACGGGAAGGCGGUGAAGUAUCCUGAAAUGACCUCAUAAUGUUGCAUUAGUAGUACUCUCU